GUCAGACUACCCGUAUUUAUUAGGCUUUCAGUAAACGACCAUGCGGUUUUUGAAAAGGAAUUUGUGUAUUGUGAUCUGCAUUUCAGUUUUCGCUGGUGCUUCGCGGGGUUUAAAGUUGAAGAAAAUAAUUGGUUCGGCAUUCAUGGGAGACCUGUUGUCGACAUUGCCGUCUAGAUUCCAGUGCGUUGGAGCGAGGAACAAUUUUACGAAUUUCUUGCUCUUUUCCCGCGUUCAUCCCGACACCCCUCGACCCCUGAGGCCCGGGAACCGAGAGUUGCUUUACAAAUCGGAUUUCGAUCCUGACAUUCCAACGAAGAUUAUUCUGCACGGCUUUGUUGACAAUUUGCAUAUUAGUGAUUGGAUGCAAAAAAUGAAGACAGCUCUCUUGACUGAAGGGGACUACAAUGUCAUAAUGGUGGACUGGAGUUGCGGAAACGAGUUUCCGUAUUACCAAGCUGUGCAGAAAUCGAAGACCGUUGCAGAGCAAUUGAAAAAGCUGAUGAUUUUCCUGCAGGACGCUACUGGAACGAACCCCGCUCAAUUUCAUCUCAUUGGCCACAGCUUGGGAAGCCACAUCUCUGCCCUCGUUGGUCACGGGAUACCGAAUUUGGGAAGGAUUUCCGCUCUGGAUCCAGCAGGACCAAGAUUCUACGACGCGCCACUAGAAGAAAGAUUAGAUGCCACCGAUGCACAAUUUGUCGACGUAAUCCAUACCGAUGCUGGACUUGGUCUACUGGAAGGUUUGGGAAUGCGAUCGCAGUUAGGUCACGUGGACUUCUAUCCUAAUGGUGGCACGAACCAGCCUGGAUGCCACAAUUCUCCACUUUCAAUCCUUCCUAGAAUAGGACUUCAGAGAGCCGCUAGGUAUUACCUCACAUGUGACCAUUUUCGAUCCAUCGACUACUAUAUAGACAGUAUUCGUACGAGAAUCGAAGCCAGAUCUGCUGACGGACCAGUGUGCAUGCCGGUUGGUGUCGUCUGCAGAGAUUGGGAGACCUAUGCUCAAGGAAGAUGCGCGGACUGUUCGCAUGCGGGAGACUGCAUUCCCAUGGGCUACAACAGUGAUCUGUUCCUACACCGAGACCUGCCCACGAAAAAGGAAUACUUUGUCAAGACGUCGGAAGAGGAACCUUUCUGCUUGUUUCAAUAUCAAGUUAUUGUCGAUACGGGCUGCGACCAUGGUUUCUGUCAGAGCGCGUCAGAUCCAUCUAAGCAAGGAUUCAAUCCGGGCUCUAUUCGUCUGGAACUGACAACCAGAGAGGGAAAGUUAGCCAGACUGAAUCUUGAUGAAGACUCUGAAAAAGAAAUGAAGCCAGAUACUCAGUAUGUUUACCUAGCCACCAAUCGCUUCCCACUUGGCGAAAUUCAAGCCGCCAAGGUAUGGUGGGGUCAUCCUGGCAAACCGGAGAUUUCAGCCAGACCAUCACCCUAUUCUGCUGGCUUGAAUCUAAGAAAAAUUCAAAUUGUUCCUAUUGCUCUACCGGAGGACAUGGGCAGGGGAGGCAAAGCUGUUCUUAUGAUGUUACUCUUAGAAAGAUUCCUGUCCUCCGACAUGGAUGAUUUCACCGAACCUAUACUGAACGGUUUGAGAGUUAUAGAACGAAGCGCUAUCAAGCAUGUAAGAAAUGUGUUGCCAGCAGAGGUGCUUCAAAAACCUCGAAUACUGACUAAAUUUUAUCUCUAUUCGCGCCAGUUUGUGAGAGGUCAAAGACUGGAUCCCCUCACAGGGGAAGGUUUACACUUCUUUAAUCCUAGGUUGGAAACAAAAGUGAUUAUACAUGGGUUCCUGGAUAAAGUUAAAAUAGCCGAAUGGAUGCACCAUAUGAAGGACGAAUUUCUGAUUCUGGAUGACUUCAACGUUAUCAUUGUCGACUGGAGCUCUGGUAAUUUUCUACCCUACACUAAAGCCGCUUCUAACACGGAGCAAGUUGGAGAAGAAAUUGCAGUGCUAAUGAGAGAGCUAAUGGGUCGCUAUGGAGCAAAGCCGGAAAAGUUUCACCUCCUAGGUCAUAGUUUAGGAUCGCACGUUGCCGGAUACGUUGGAGAGCACAUCAAGGGAUUGCGAAGAAUUAGUGGUUUAGAUCCAGCAACAUAUCAGUUCAGCAAUGUUUCACCCAGAUCUAAAUUGGACAAAAGCGAUGCUCUUUUUGUUGACGUCAUUCAUACAGAUGGUGGAGGUAUUGGUAUGCUGGAGACUGUCGGUCAUGUCGAUUUUUACCCGAAUGGUGGAGAAGUUCAAGUUGGUUGUACAGCUUCGAAUUCAAUCAGGUCUCUCUUAGAAAAAGGAGUGGUAGAAGGGGCCAGGACAGUUGUCUGCAGCCACAUGAGAGCCCCUUUGCUGUUUACGGACACCAUCAACGCGAAACACUGCUCAAUGCUUGCUUCAGCGUGCGACUCAUGGGAGAACUACGUGGCUGGGCAAUGCGACUUCUGCCAGAGAUCAGGACCCAAGUGUGCGGAGUUAGGUUACCACGUUGACAUGAACAGAAAUUAUGGCAAUGGAACGAGAUAUUACUUCGUGACUGCGAAUGACUCUCCGUAUUGUGGUUAUGAAUACAAAAUAGUUUUUGAGAUAGCAACUGAUGAAGCGACAGGUGCAAGUUUAUUAAUCCCUGCAGCGUGGAGACGCACUGGAUUUUCUGACUCUGACGUUCUGCAUGUGUCCAUACAAGGUGUUCUUGGUAGCAGAGAUGCGGAGUCGGAGGCAAAAUGA